AUGGAGGACGUCGGCAGGGCGCCCGCCGAUGUGUCACCCGUCGCCAACGAGCCUGCCACCAUCCCCACGCUCGACGGCUGGAUCGAGAGUUUGAUGAACUGCAAGCAGCUAGCCGAGGCUGAUGUCCAGAGACUCUGCGACAAGAAAUGCCCCGUCACAGUCUGUGGUGAUAUCCACGGUCAGUUCCACGACUUGAUGGAGCUGUUCAAGAUUGGCGGCCCCAAUCCAGACACAAACUACCUCUUCAUGGGUGAUUACGUUGACAGAGGCUACUACUCGGUCGAGACGGUCACUUUGCUCGUAGCCCUCAAGAUCCGAUACCCUCAGCGCAUCACCAUUCUCCGAGGAAACCACGAGUCUCGGCAGAUUACCCAAGUCUACGGCUUCUACGACGAGUGCCUCCGAAAAUACGGCAACGCCAAUGUCUGGAAGUACUUCACAGAUCUCUUCGACUACCUUCCCCUCACCGCCCUCAUCGACAACCAGAUCUUUUGUCUCCACGGUGGUCUGUCGCCCAGCAUCGACACCUUGGAUAACAUCAGAGCUCUUGACCGAAUUCAGGAGGUUCCCCACGAAGGCCCCAUGUGCGACCUUUUGUGGUCGGACCCUGACGACCGUUGUGGUUGGGGUAUUUCCCCUCGUGGUGCGGGCUACACCUUUGGACAGGAUAUUUCAGAGGCGUUUAACCAUAACAACGGUCUGACGUUGAUUGCGCGAGCCCAUCAGCUGGUGAUGGAAGGUUAUAACUGGUCACAGGACCGGAAUGUGGUGACUAUUUUCUCAGCUCCCAACUACUGCUACCGAUGUGGCAACCAAGCAGCCAUCAUGGAAAUUGAUGAGCACUUAAAAUACACAUUCUUGCAAUUCGACCCAUGCCCAAGAGCAGGAGAACCAAUGGUCUCCAGACGUACACCCGACUACUUCCUCUAA